GUCGUGGAGGCGUAGAAAACAUGGCUGCUCGCUACCGGUUGAGACGUUUCUGUCAGUUUUAAAUGUUUAAUAUUCACUUCUGAGAGAUAAUAUUUACCAUGGAUGAGGUCGAGAAAAUGGUGCCAUCUACUGAGGAAAAAGAGAAGGAGAUUGAGGAAGAGGAGGAGGAAGAAUCGGAUGAGGAAGAAGGAGAUGACGACACCGGAAAUGAGGAAGAAGGAGAAGAUGACACCAGAGAUGAAGAAGAAGCGAAAGAUGGAGAAGGUGAGGAACAGGAGGGUGGAGAUGAUGAGGAAAAAGAAGAAGUAGCCAUACCACAGGCUGCUGAUAAAAUGGAGAAAAGCAUUCCACCGCCCGUUAAACCCAAAGAGAAAAAGAAGGAUGAGGGCCUGAACCUCAACAAUGAGGUGGUGAAGAUGAGGAAGGAGGUGAAGAGGGUGAGGGCUCUGAUCAUCAGGAAGCUGCUGCGGCAGAAUGGCGCCCUGAAGAAGAAGAAGGGGAAAGACGCGGAACUAGAGAGGAAUCAGAGGAGAGCUGCCAGACUGCUGGAGGAGAUCCACGCCAUGAAGGUCCUCUCACCAGACCUGGUGACCAAGACAGCCUUGCAGAAGAAUCUCAACUUUGAACAGGUGUGCAAAAACCCCAAGUCUACUAUUUCGGACCGGGCCAUAGCGCGCAUCGCCACCCACCCUCAGUUCAACAAGAAGAUUGAGGCCAUCAAAGCUGCUGUGAAAGCCUUCAAAGAGGAGCGGAUGAAGGCUGGAAAGAAGGGAGGGAAGGGGAAGGAGCAAAAUAAAGGUGCAACGGUGACUCCACAGUCACCUGACACAAAGGGAGAGAGAAAGAGUGAGAAAGAAGAGGAUGUUACAGUGGAGAAAAAAGAAAUAAUAGACAGUAAGGAAGGAGAUAGUGUCCUUAAAGACAAUAAAGAUGCAACUGUUGCUGAACCUGAAAAGGAAAUGAUAAAAGCAACUCCUUCAGCUGAUGCUGCUCAAAGGAAAGAAAUGCCAGAGUCUAAGAAUGUAAAAGCAGCGUUCAAACAAAGUAGUGAUGCAAAUGACAUUGUGAAAACUAAAAGUAAAGGUGCAAAAAAGACACUUAAUCUUGAUUCGGCACCUAAAGAUGAGGAUGAGAGUGAUAUAGAGUCAUCCGAUGAUGAAGAGAAAGAGUACUUUGACGACAGCACAGAGGAGCGUUUCCACAAGCAGUCCUCCCAGUCCGAGGAGAGCGAUGACGACAACGGCUUCUUUCUGGGAAAAGUGAGCAAAUUCAAGAAGAAGAAGAAAAAAAAAAGUGCAGAAGCAGAGAAAGCUGAGAAAGGGGGGAAAGCAGAGCAGGUUCAGAGUGAACUAGAUGAGCUGGAGUCCAGACUGAAGUCUAAAGCGACUUCACUUCAGUCUGUUUUUUGUUCCUCCCUCUCUGCGUCCAAGCCUGGCGGGGGCAGAGGAGCAGGCCGAGGGAGAGGUGGGGAAAAAUUGAGGGGCCAAGGGAAACCAAGAGGCGGCAGUGGUCAUAACAGAGAUUUCAACAAACAGCCCAAGUUCCAAAAGCAGGAGAAAGGAGAAGAGAGAAAUUUAGGGCCCAAGUUCAGCAAACCCUGUCCUGAGGGGCCGCUGUCACCACAGAGGGGCUUUCCUUCAGGGGGCAGAGGGAGGGGGCGAGGCAGAGGGGAGGCUUUCAGGCAAAAUGAUCGCAGAGGUGGAGGCGUCUUUUCCCAUCAGGCACCGCAGCAGGCCCUGCAUCCAUCCUGGGAGGCCAGUAAGAAAAGGAAGGAGCAGCAAGGACAAAUCCUGGCCUUCCAGGGCAAGAAGAUCAAGUUUGACGAUGACGACUGAAAAAAUGGGGGGAAAAAAGGCAGUGAGCAACUUGGUAAGAAAGGUUCCACACAAAAAGAAGGAAGAAAAGAAAAUGUUUAGGAAUGAGGGGAAAGUCAGGUUCUAAUAAUACAUUUUGGAUUAU